UAUUGCUAUUAGUGAACAAACACAAGAAGGAAGCAUAAGCAAAAUGAACAUGAUCCAAGGAAUGGUUUCAACUUUGUUACUCCUAGUAAUAAUUCACCUAGGAGGAUCAAACAGUCAAUUUGCGCCUAAUCCUUCUAUUGUCCCUCGUCCACUUUGUCUCUCCCAAUUUACACUCGUGAACCAUGCAUGUCAAAAUUUGCCAUAUACCCCUUUGCCUCCACCAUCUCCACCUGCUCCACCAGCUCCACCAGCUCCACCAACUCCACCUGCUCCACCAACUCCACCAGCUCCACCAGCACUUACGCUCGCGCACUCAUCACUACUAUCAUCUCCUUCAAGCCUUGGGUAUCAAGAAACUACUCCUGCAGAAGACGAAUGUUGCAGGUGGAUGAAAGCUGUGGAUAGCGAAUGCGUCUGUUCCUUAUUGGCUCGUUUGCCUACGUUCCUUUCUAGGCCUCUCCAUCAGUACAUUACCGUCCCUCAUUCAGCUUGCAGUGUCACUUUCACCUGUAGUUCCGCCUAUAGGUUCCAAAAUGAUCAGACUUCACCACACUCAUUACCUUAAGUACGUCCAGAGGAUUAUGUUUUUCUAUAAUAAAAAACGCCAUGUGCCAGGGAGUUUGGCGGACUCUUACGACUACGUUAAUACUUAAUAGACAAUAAGUAAAGAUUUUUAGGAGGGGAUGUAGAAUUUAACCUCCUAAAAGUUUAAACGCCGUAUGAUGACUCAAUUGUACUACGCUUGGUUAUAUGAUAUAUUACUUCACUAUAUAAUAAUACUCUUCUGACCAUUUUUUUGUAA